CCGUGGCCGCUCUCAGGUUUCUCUCUGCCCAUAGCCCAAGCACUUCGCGCGAGCCCCGACAGUCGGGCUCUUGCAUUGUAUAUUACCAUUUACUUAAAACUUGCUCGAAAAAUUACAACGCGCUAGUCUAUAAUUCAACAACGUCUAUUGGUUCGUCGUGGUCGUGUCAGCUCAGGUUGAAAGAGCUGGGAGCCGUAGCUAGAAGAAGAAGAAGAUAGCAAGCACUUGGACAGCAACAGACCACGUUAGGGAUUGCCUCCCCAGUUUAUAUACGGCUGCAAUUCUAGAAUCAUCUGGAAACAUUGUUUCAUGUUCUUCUUUACGUUUGCCUUUACCUUUUAUUUUCAGAAACGCUUUCACGGCAAUAAGGAGUGUUACAAUGGCAGUGCACGAAGAAAAGUGGUUGUUGGAAUUUUUCAUUCACACAUUUAUGUGUCAAAAAUGUCCGAAACAUUUCAUGAAUAAUAUAGAAGAUUCACAACCGUCUGUAGAAACACUAACGAAAUUAAAAGAGCACUUAUUACUUAAACAUAAGGAAACAUAUAAUCGUCUGCAAGACCUGUCGAAUAAAAAUUUGUUGCAAUGUUAUAAUUCGAAAUUAAAGUGUCAAAACUGUUAUAAAGACUUUGAGAAUAACACGGACAGUUUCCAACCGUCUAAAGAAACGUUAAUAGAAUUAAGAGAGCACUUGUGCAAUAAACAUAAGAAAAGAUAUGAUCCCGAACGUAACACAGAAUAUAUUGUAAUUAAAGAAAGGGAGGUUCCAGUACGUUCCUCUAUACUAAAACAUUAUUCAUUAUUAAAAGGAGAUGUGGUAAAAUGCAAAAAUUGCUUUCAAAUAAUUUAUAUCGGUACCGAGAACACUAGCUCCUGUAGGACUCUAUAUGAUCACUUAGAAAGUGAACAUGGGGACAAAUACACAAAACAGAUUGAUAAAAAAGUUGCUUGGUAUUGGGACCACAUCACAGAAUUGGACAAGUUGUAUGUGCAAUGCAAUUAUUGUAACAAAAAAUAUGAAAAAUAUAGUGCAAGCAUGAAACAACACAUGAAAAUACACAAGAAAACCUGUCCAACUGUACGCAUUGCUAUGGAUGAUGUGCAUGAUUUGAUCGAUACAGAUAUGAGUACAUCUACAAGAAAAGAGAAAGUUCAAGAAACCUCAGAUUCUUUACGUACGGAUAUGCCCAAAGAGACAGAAGGGACAAAAGUUCUUAACGAAAACUCAUUCUCGGCAAUAAGGAGUGUUAUAAUGGCAGAGCAUGAAGAAAAGUGGGUGUUGCAACAUUAUAUUUGCACAUAUAAGUGUCAAGUGUGUUCUUCACAUUUGGUAAAUAAUAUAAAUAAUUUUCAACCGACAACAAAAACAUUGACAAAAUUAAAGGAGCAUUUAUCUCUUAAACAUCCGAAAACAUGUGAUGGCCUAAGAGACUUAUCAAAUAAUCAUCUGCUGCAAUAUUAUAGUUCGAAAUUAAAAUGUCCAAACUGUAGUGCAGAAUUCCAGAAUAACCCGAAUACUUUCCAACCUUCCAAUGAAACAUUAAUAAAAUUAAAAUUGCACUUAUGCAAUCAACAUAACAAAAAAUAUGAUUUCAAACCUAACACUGAAUAUAAUGUAAUUAAAGAAAUAGAGGUUCCAGUACAUUCCUCUAUACUAGAACAUUAUUCAUAUUUAAAAGGACGUUUGGUAAAAUGCAAAAAUUGCUUUGAAAUAAUCCGUAUCUACAAAGAGGACAUUAAGCUUUGUGAGAUUCUAUAUACUCACUUAAAACGUUACCACGGAGACAAAUACAUAGAAAAGAUUAGUGGUAAAGUAGCUUGGUAUUAUCACCACUUCACAGAAAUGGACAAGUUUUAUAUGAAAUGCAACUAUUGUAAACAAACAUAUCAAAGGAUCAGAGCGUUUAUGAUGCAUAAUCACUUGAAAAAACACAAGAAAACCUGCCCAGUUUUAACCAUCGAUACGGAUGAUACAAGUAUAGAUACACAUAUUGGUACAUCUACCAAAAAAAAGAAACUUCAAGAAGACCCAAAUGAUAUACCUUUGGACCUGUCCAAAAAUACAGGAGUAACAGAAGUUAUUAACGACUGGCACACUUCACCAGAAUCAUGGCUGGUAUACUGGGAAUAAGACAUGGUACCACAAAUACAACUUGCGUACUAUAAGGAGGCUUAAAUUGGAGUGAACUAGACUUGGGCGUUGAAUACCUCACAGUGCCAGCUAAGGGUUAAUAUUAGGUUCUAAUUAUACUAUCACAAUUUCCAUUUGUUUUAUCUGUCCAUGCGUAUAACGGACCUAUAGCAGGAUCAACAACGGACUGUUUUGGAUUUAAGUAUAAAACGGCGCCUGAAAAUGACUGAAUAAUCGAACAAUAUAAUUAUAAUAUUCAAUUCUACUUGUUCCACUAGAAUUUUCACUUUCAUCAUAUCUAUGUAAACAGAUCUAUGGUAAGAACUUCAACAUCAACGGACUAUGUUUACGAUCUGAGCUUGAUACUUUUCUAUGAACAUAUAACUUGAUCUCCAACAUUUCAAAAUUGCGAUAUCUUAAGUAUACAGAAACCAGGCAAAAUAGAAAAAUAUGAUUUACAUACAAAGAAAUGUAUUUCUUUCUCAUGUUAUAUACAACUAAUUCAUCUACUAACUAUUGCACGUUUGACAAUUCGUAAACUAGAACAAUGCGGAUUGUUCGAACGUUCCUAAUUUUGCAAACUUAUUUUAUAUGACUCGUGUAAUAUUACAUAAGAUAUUAUAUUAUAACUCCCAUAAACGUAAUUUAUACAAUGUUUAGUAUUAAUCAAUUUCUUGAAGUAGAUAUUAUGUUUAUAUUUAGUUAACAAGUGACAUAUGAUAAAUAAAUAGCUUAAGAGACAUUACAAAGUGUAUGGAAAUAUGUUUUGUACUCUUUACAGAAACCAAAUAUAAAUUAAGUUUAAAAUUACAUAAAAUAUAAGUAAAUUCACCAAAACGAGGACACACCUUAAAUCAUUUAGUUUAAAAUAUAAAUCAUUUAUUAAUGAACCAAAUAACUAAUAAUUUCUGUUAAAAUAAUAAUUC